GGCGUGGCUGCACAGUGUGUGUGUGUGCGUGUGCCCUGCGAAGUGAGUGCGGGUCGAGGAGCUGUAACGGGGUGACCAGGCGGUUGUUGCCUGUGUGUCUGCGUCACACGAAAAUGCACUCGGAUGCUGUCAAUUUUCAACUGAACUCACAUCUAUCAACACUGGCCAAUAUUCACAAGAUAUACCAUACACUUAACAGGCUGAAUUUGACUGAAGACGUGGGCCAAGACGAUCACCAGACCGGGAAUCUUCGCUCGUGCAGUUCAUCAGACUGCUUUAGCAAAACAAUGCCGCCAAGGAAAAAGAGGAGACCUGCUGCAGGUGAUGAUCUCUUAGCUAAGAAAAGUAGACAUGAUGGAAUGUAUAAGAAAUACGACUCUUCCAGAAUAAAAUCUGAAGAAGAAGCUUUUUCAAGCAAGAGAUGCUUAGAGUGGUUCUAUGAAUAUGCAGGGGCAGAUGAUGUUGUUGGUCCUGAAGGCAUGGAGAAGUUUUGUGAAGACAUUGGUGUUGAGCCAGAAAAUGUAGUAAUGCUCGUUUUAGCUUGGAAAUUGGAUGCACAGAAUAUGGGUUACUUUACCCUACAAGAAUGGUUAAAAGGAAUGACAUCCCUACAAUGUGAUACAACAGAGAAACUACGAAAUACUCUGGAUUACUUGAGGUCUUUAUUAAACGAGCCAACUAAUUUCAAACUUAUUUAUAGAUAUGCAUUUGAUUUUGCACGGGAAAAAGACCAGAGGAGCCUAGAUAUGAAUACAGCAAAGUGCAUGUUGGGUCUUUUACUAGGAAAAACGUGGCCACUCUUUCCAGUGUUUCAUCAGUUCCUAGAGCAAUCAAAAUAUAAAGUGAUUAACAAGGACCAGUGGUGUAAUGUACUAGAAUUCAGCCGAACAAUAAACAUGGACCUCAGCAAUUAUGAUGAAGAUGGAGCUUGGCCAGUGUUGCUUGAUGAAUUUGUUGAAUGGUAUAAAGAAAAACAGAUGGCGUGAGAGAUGUACUAUGCAUAGCAGCUGAAGAGUCCUUGUUAACACACUUUAACCAUUAGACAUAAACUGCUGUUUGCAUCGAGGUGCAUGUUGCUUUUUUGCACAGUUUUUCCCUCUGUUUGGGAUCCCGUGGGUGUUCUCUGUUUGACAGGCCAUGCUUUGUGUUGCAUUGUUCUCUUAAAGGCUGCUUUGCAUUUUUUAUUCACGCUACAGAUUGGUGUACUUGCCAACGUCCUCACUGUGAUAUUGUGUAUAUUGCUGUUCAUUAAUGUUAUUUUUUUGUAUAUGCUUGUAUAUAAAUGCUUCUCUUAGAGAUAUUUUUUCUUUCAAAAUGUAUUGUAAAAACGAAUUCCUUGCACAUUUCUAGUUAUAUAUAUAUAUAUUUCUUUUCAAGGAACAAAUCUGUUUAACCUAGUUACAAGGAGUAACUGUGGCCAAUUUUAGCAUCUUUUUAAGUCAGAAUUUGUGGUUUCAAAAACACCUGUUCACAAGUAAAUACAUUCUCAUCA